AAAAACCAUGGGAAUUUCUGUUGCGCUAUUUUUUUUAUCACCAAAACUCCAAGGAUUUCAUCAAAGAGUAGUCAAAGCGACAGAUCAAUGGAAUAGGGGCAUCAUGGUCCUUCGACGUUCUCGCCCUAGAAAUUCAGAAUCGUAAUUCAAUGAUCGAGAAAGGAACCAUUUUGCAGAUUUUGAUCCAGAAUGCUUUGAUUGGUUACACAGAUUGAAUUGAGGCAUUGAAAUUAGAGACACACGAGUCGUUCGUUCUUCGUUCUCUCCAAAAUGAACCACCAUUCAAUAAUGGAAAUGCCUGUUGUUGAUGCCGUGUACGGUGCAGAAAUUCGAAAAGCUCGUCGAGACUUACAUCAUCUGAUCUCUAGCAAAAGUUGUGCCCCGAUCAUGCUCCGUUUAGCAUUUCAUGAUGCUGCAACUUAUUGCAAGGAGACGCAGACGGGAGGUCCAAAUGGCUCCAUUAGGAAGCCGGAAGAGUUUGAACAAAGCGUUAACAAAGGACUGAAAACUGCCAUUGACUUUUGCGAACAAAUAAAGUUAAAGCAUCCAAUGAUUUCAUAUGCUGACAUUUAUCAGCUUGCGGGUGUCGUUGCUGUUGAGGUCGCCGGUGGUCCUACCAUUGAAUUUAUUCCUGGUAGAAAGGUCACCAGUAGACAGGUUCGAUGACCAGGUUUUGAGAAGACGGAGCACACUCAAGACUCGUCUUUUAUUUUGAUUCAUGUUUUGGUGUCUCAUUACAAUGAAAGAACACAUUUAUAUGAAAUUAUACUAUUAAUGCAAUAAAUG